CGAAAUUCUUAGAAUCGAAUUGACGCUAAAUAAGUAAUCUUACAAAAGUCUACAACUAGUGUUAAAAAUCUCAAAUGUACACACAUACAGGUGGUGAAUAAAAUAUUUGUUUAUGAUAAGUGUAGAUAGUUUAAAUAAAUUGUGUGAGUUCUCAUUGAAAUCAAUGUAACGUCAAAGUGAAGAGACGAGGCAGUGCCGACGCGAAGGCUGACAUUUUAACUAUGAAGUUUUCUAAGAAAGAUGCUGAGAAAGUCGUUAAUAAGGAAGAUUGUGAUUUAAAAGGCUGGGGAUGCAGACACCAGCAAUGCCUUAUCUUGUUCUUCUGCUUGGCGACUGGGUACAGCAUGCGCGCCUGCAUGGGCGUCUCCCUCGUCGCCAUGACAACGAGCGACGCAACUCAAGUACAACUCAACUACCAUCAUACAAACCUUACCAGCAGCAAUGUCACUGCAAGUGCCGAAGAUGACUACAAAGUUGAUGGAGUCUUGAGUGCGCUGCUGUUUACUAGUCCGUAUCCGAAAUUCAAAUGGAACAAAAAGACACAGGACACAAUCCUGGCGUCGUUCUUCUGGGGCUACAUGGUGUUACAGAUACCGGCUGGGCAGCUCGCGCACCGCCUGGGCGCGCGCCGCCUGCUUGCCGCCGCGCUCUUCGCCAACGCGCUCGUCUCAUUCUGCCUGCCCUGGGCCGCUUAUUAUGGAGGAUGGAUAUGGGUGUUAGUCUUUAGAAUCACUCAAGGCUUAAGUCAAGCUUGUAUUAUACCAGGCAUGCAUACGUUCCUUGGCAAAUGGACCCCGCUGAGAGAAAGAAGUCGCCUGAGUGCUUGGACAUACGGAGGUCAAGCCUUGGGUCCGGUGGUAGGUCUUCCAGUGACAGGUUUCAUCGCCUCCUCUCCUCUGGGCUGGCCCGGCGUGUUCCGCUUCUACGGCGUGCUGGCGGCGCUGGUGGGCGCGCUCAUUUGGUUCAUGACAGCCGACACACCGGCCAAACAUCCCAAAAUAACUCUUGCUGAGAAGCUGUAUAUUGAAAGUGAUAUUGGCCCUACUGAUGAAUCCACAAAACCGAAGACGGUCCCGUGGCGACGCAUUCUGACCGAUCGUGGCAUGUGGGCCAUUGUCAUCGGUCACAUAGGUCAGACUUGGGGCCAGCUUACACUGUAUUCAGAAGUACCCGCGUUCAUGGAUAAAGUCAUGGGAGUUAAUAUUAAAGCGAACGGUUUGCUCUCCGCUCUGCCGUUUCUAGUCAUGUGGUUUACCAACUUCUUCUUCGGCUGGGCCGCUGACAAACUGAUCGUCAAGAAGAUCCUCAGUGUGACGCAGACCAGGAAACUUGCUAAUUGUUUAGGCAGCAUUCCAGCCUCAGUGGGUCUUGUGGUGCUCGCGUUUGUGCCCAAAGAAUUGGUGAUUGUAGAAUGUGUUCUGGUGAUAUUUUGCGGCUUCAAGGUCGCUACUCACGUCGGAGUUUAUGUGAACCACAUCGACAUAUCGCCCAACUUUUCGGGGACCAUGAUGAGCCUCAGCAACUUCAUGUCCAACUUGUGCGGCUCACUGGCGCCCAUUGUGGCCGGCUUUAUACUCACUGACGUUACGAGUGAGUUACUUUGGCGUCAAGUAUUCUUCGUGGCCGCCGGGAUGUACUUCUUCACCAACCUCGUGUACAUCAUCUUAGGCACUGCAGAGCGAGCGGACUGGAAUGAGCCCACACAAGAGAAAGAAGCUGAAAAUGUUAAAGAGUACAGUCCUAUGCUGAAGAUGGAGCAAAAGUGACGAAUUUCUUUUUAUGUCAUGUCAUUUAGGUAAUUUAUUAGGAUUAUACUAGGUAGAAAUAUUAAUGUUCGUGACAAAAAGGACAACAAAUAAAAAUCUAUUUGAUAUA